GGUUAUUGGCAGGCUGAUAGCUGGGUACAUAGUGUGAUGGUUAUUGGCAGGCUGAUAGCUGGGUACAUAGUGUGAUGGUUAUUGGCAGGCUGAUAGCUGGGUACAUAGUGUGAUGGUUAUUGGUGGUUGAUAGCUGUGUACAUUGUGUGAUGGUUAUUGGCAGGCUGAUAGCUGUGUACAUUGUGUGAUGGUUAUUGGUGGUUGAUAGCUGUGUACAUUGUGUGAUGGUUAUUGGUGGCUGAUAGCUGUGUACAUUGUGUGAUGGUUAUUGGCGACUGAUAGCUGUGUACAUUUUGUGAUGGUUAUUGGCGGCUGAUAGCUGUGUACAUUGUGUGAUGGUUAUUGGCGACUGAUAGCUGUGUACAUUUUGUGAUGGUUAUUGGUGGCUGAUAGCUGUGUACAUUUUGUGAUGGUUAUUGGUGGCUGAUAGCUGUGUACAUUUUGUCUAUACACGGCUGAGUCCCUCCAGGGAGCUGUGUAAUUACUGGACAAACUGCAGGGAAUUGUUUUGUGCAGUAAUUGUUUAUUCCACAUAAGAGUCUGUGACUUGCCCAGCCCUAUACAUUGUACCUGACACUAAUCCGCUCUGGAGAGGACUGGACUUCAUGAGGUUUCAGGUCGGCCCCAAAAAGUCAACAUGUGAAAGGGUCAGAACGUCUGGGCGCCUUCUUCUAACCUCUGGCUGGUGACAGCCCCCCAUGGACCCGGUCCAGCGGUCCUCAAACAGCUCUACGGGGGAAUUCCAACGAAAUGAAAAUGGUUGGCAGAAUUCCGUUAUCAUUAUCCCCACGUUGCUGUCAGCAUCCACACUGAUUGUGGUAAUCGUUAUUUUAUGGAAAUCAAUAAGGAGGAAAGGGGAAAAGAAACGUGUGUCUGUCAGCGAUGACACAGCAGCUGACUUGGGCGGAGAAUGGGCAGUUAAUAAUGCAGCUACUUACGAGAACUUCCCCGAGGUUGUAGACCCAAUCCUGAAGAAAUGGGAGAUGCCAGAUGGGUGGCAGAUCACCGACCAGGUGGUUAUUUGCAAUGGACAAUAUGGCCCUAUAAGUCGUGCCUCCCUGGUUGGAGAGGGGGUCGCUGAUGGCAAACAGGAUGUAGUCCUAAAAGAACUAUCUGAGGAUUUCAGUCCAGGCGAAGCCCAGGACUUUACUGACCUCAUGAAGUUUCACAUCCAAGUUUGUAAUCACGAGAACCUGGUGAAGAUGCUGUGUUGCAAGAUUGAAGCGAGACCGCUUUGUCUUGUUUUGAAAGCCAUGAACCUCGGAAAUCUACUCUCAUUUCUGUGGCGAUCUCGUCAGGGUGACAAUGGAAGUAGAGUCACAGAGAAGUGGAUCUUUCACACAGCUACCCAGGUGGCGAGUGCUCUGGAGUAUCUGUCAGGAACACAUAGCCUUGUCCAUGGGUUUGUGGCAGCAUGCAAUGUUCUGAUCCACGAGGAUAUGACUGUGGAGCUUUGUGGCCUUGGUUUGACCGCGAUAAUGCACCGGACUGGGAGCAUUCCAGCCAGGCGAGCGGCCCAAGUGCCACUAAAGUGGCAGUCACCAGAAAGGUUAAGCGGAGACACCCCCACAGAGAAGAGCGACAUGUGGUCCUUUGGGAUUUUACUCUAUGAGAUGGUCACCUUAGGUUCUCCUCCGUAUCCAAACCUGGAAAUCUCUCAGGUGCUUCCCAGCCUUCAGAAGAUGCAGUGGAUGGAGAAACCUGCGCGAUGCACGGACCGGCUCUACGAAGUCAUGUUGAGAUGCUGGGCAUGGGAAGCAUCUCAGAGACCUUGUUUCAUGGAACUGAUGAAACAGCUACAAAACCUUGUGGGCAAGGCAGAUGACCACACACGUCUGUCAGCCUUGGACACCAUUAGUCAAAGUGACUACACGCGCCUGAGUGGGAUUUCUGUAUGUCCCGGUACGUUAACCUGUGUGCAGGGAGCUGGACAUGGACCUUAAAGAUGUUAGCCAAAGUUGGCAAGAAGAUACAUGUAAACUGGUUUCCACAUUUUGUUGGCUUCAGAAACUAAACGGACACUCUGUGCAUGUGAAUAGGACAAACUGACACUGGCUUUCUUUCCUAAACCCUCUAAGGGGGGCGAGCAGCUAAUGGGUGGCAUUAGAAUUCGUUUGUAGAAUAAUCGGAGUCUGUUCGGAAGUCCAGAAUUUGGAAUUAGAUUGUCAGCUUUUCCACUUCUUUAGUUAAAAGAGAACAAUAAAGAAAAUAUAACGAUAUUUAUUAUAAAGUUGUAGUGUUCAUAGCCUUUUAGUUUAAAAUAUAUCAGAGGUUUAGCCCACCCCCAUUCUUAGCCAGCGAGGCCAGUGACCCAAAGAGAUAUGUUCUCUGUAGAAAACUCCAGAAAACCAAAGUCAAUACAUAGUGAGCAAAACAGGACUUAAAAAGGCCAAAAUAUAGUUACAAAAUUAAAUUAGCAUAAAAAGAUAUAACAAUAAAACCAAACACUCCCCUACGCAAGUGAUGAGCAUAAUACACAAAAAUAUGCUUAUAAAGGGCUAUAGCAUACACUACCAAACUUAAAUUUUUCUUUAUAAUUCCCUAUUUAAAGUGAGACAUUAAGCCUGGAGAUUGUAUCAUCCAUUAUAACAUAGUAAAAACAAUUAACUGAUCAGCUCUCCGUGUUGUCUGAGUGUGAGAAGAAAAACAAAAGACACCUAUAAUAUAUAUUAACUUUAUUCAAAGACGUUAAUACUCAAAUAUGGUUAAUAAAUCACAGUCACAUCGGCUACAUUGUUCUUUGAAUAGAGCUAAGAAUGGUCACUGUAUCCUGGGCCAGUGCCGGUGAUCUCGCCCAAUAAAUGUACAAUUGCAGACACAUAGCGUUUCGAUGAAUGUUUCAGCUUGGAUCUCACAGGGUAGUCAUUAAUUCAGGCCAUCUCUAGUCCAGGAAUGUUUGUACACAGUUCUAGUAAUCAUGAAAACAUUUCAUAUGUAAAUCUUGCUCACAAGGUA